AUCAGCUUGUGACUAAUUAUUUUAGAAAUAUUUUUGUUUACUUUAUCCUGUUUUUAUUGAAAAUGUACUGUGAUAAUAACUAAGGAGUACACGUGUUUAGAAAUAGAGUAGAUUUUCGGACAAUUUAUUGUAAAUUUUACGUGACCAUUGUGUUCGUGAUAAAUUUUUGUCCAUUUCCUUUCAGACAGUGUGAUAAGAGGGAAUGAUAAUGACCUAAUCUAAAAGAUUUUCUUUAAUCGUCACAAUCAUUCUUGGUAUUUCCUCACAAUAAAAUGAAGAAUAAUAUAUAGGAAAGCAUGAAAAAAUAACGCCACUAUGUCAGAGAGCAUUCAACCACUUACAGCCCCUAUUUCUCUGUCUACAUAUCACCAACUAAGUUUGACAGUUGAAUCUGCUAACAUUAGAAGUUCUGGACUCUUUAAACCAAAUCCCUACCUGCAAGUGAUCAUUGAUGAUAAUAUAUCAAGGAGGACUGAAGUUAUAAAGAACACUUUACAUCCAAAAUGGAAAGAAGAGUUCACGGUCCUAGUCACUCCUCUAUCAAAAAUUGUUUUUCGUUUGGCCGACCACCAUAGUUUUAGGAAAGACAACAUUCUUGGGGAGAAGAGAAUAAACUUUCUAAAAGUUCUCUUGUAUUUUAAUGGAAAAAUUGAAAAUGUUGAAAUGACACUAGAUUUAAUGAAGGCUGUAUCCCAGGAUAAUUCUUCUAAUUCAAAUACUGAAGUAAAAUCAGCAGAAUUAGUGCUACUGUUAGAUGGGUUACGAAUCGAUCCAACAAUUUUAGGUCAAUCGCAUGAACUGUAUGGAGAGCCUAUGAAUGCAAGAAGUCCACUUAAUGAUGGUGUUCGUGCAAGAAUCAGAUUGCGAAAUAAUUCUGAAACAUUCCGGUCUAUGGCAAGACAACAGAAUUUAAGACCGCCGCCCGGUCCGCCGCCGCACAGCAACGGCGCGGUCCCCGCGGCCGUGGCGGCGGACGGCGCGGGCCCGUCGCACGCGGACACGGACGCGCACGCCCCGCUCGCGCACGCACAGCACGGGCCCACCCCGCCGCCGCCGCCGGCUAAUAACGCGACCCCCGAGGAACCGCUGCCGCCUGGAUGGGAGAUGCGAUACGAUGUUUAUGGACGGAGAUAUUACGUGGACCACAACACGCGUUCCACGUCAUGGGAGCGCCCGCAGCCGCUGCCGCCCGGCUGGGAGGUGCGGCGCGACGGGCGCGGGCGCGUGUACUACGUGGACCACAACACGCGCACCACGACCUGGCAGCGGCCGGACACGGAGCGGCUGGCGCGCUUCCAGCACUGGCGCGGCGAGCGGCGGCACGUGGUCGCGCAGGGCAACCAGCGGUUCCUCUACCCGCAGCCGCAGCCGCCCCACCCGCCGAACAACCAAGACCACGACCAGGAACCGCCCGCUGCAGGCAGCACAGUGAGCGUAGCUAGCAGCUCCACAGCGAGCACUAGCGCGCCCCCCAGCGCGGCGAGCACAGCGGGCACGACUAGUGCUGUGAGCGCGGAGGAUGCGCUGGGCGCGCUGCCGGCGGGCUGGGAGCGCCGCGUGCAGCCCGACGGGCGCGUGUACUACGUGAACCACAAGAACCGCACUACGCAGUGGGAGGACCCCAGGACUCAGGUAACAACUAGCGCAGUGAGCGCGGAGGAUGCGCUGGGCGCGCUGCCGGCGGGCUGGGAGCGCCGCGUGCAGCCCGACGGGCGCGUGUACUACGUGAACCACAAGAACCGCACUACGCAGUGGGAGGACCCCAGGACUCAGGGUCAAGAAAUCAGUGCAUUAGAGGAGGCUUUACCCCCCGGCUGGGAGAUUCGUUUCACAGAAGAGGGCACGCGAUACUUUGUAGAUCACAAUACGAGAACUACCACCUUCCAGGACCCGCGGCCGGGCGCGCCGAAGGGGGUGCAGGGCGCGUACGGCGUGCCGCGCGCGUACGAGCGCUCGUUCCGCUGGAAGCUCAGCCAGUUCCGCUACCUGUGCCAGAGCAACGCGCUGCCCAGCCACAUCAAGAUCACGCUCGCCAGGCAGACGCUCUUCGAGGACUCCUACCACCAGAUAAUGAGGCUACCCGCAUACGAGUUAAGAAGACGUUUGUAUAUAAUAUUCCGUGGUGAGGAGGGUCUGGACUAUGGAGGCGUCAGCCGAGAAUGGUUUUUCCUAUUAUCUCAUGAAGUUUUAAACCCCAUGUAUUGUUUGUUCGAAUACGCGAACAAAAACAACUACAGCCUUCAAAUAAAUCCUGCCAGUUACGUGAAUCCUGAUCAUCUGUUAUAUUUCAAAUUCAUCGGAAGGUUCAUAGCGAUGGCCUUGUAUCAUGGUCGAUUUAUUUAUUCCGGUUUCACGAUGCCCUUCUACAAGAGAAUGCUGAACAAGAAACUCACUAUGAAAGACAUUGAAUCCAUCGACCCCGAGUUCUACAACUCUUUGGUGUGGAUAAAAGACAACAAUAUAGAUGAGUGUGGCCUUGAAAUGUGGUUCAGUGUGGACUUCGAAGUGUUGGGCCAAGUGAUACACCACGAACUGAAACCGGCCGGUGAUAAAGAACGUGUUACAGAAACAAACAAAGAACAAUACCUGCAAUUAGUAACACAAUGGCGAAUGACGAGAGGUAUUGAAGAACAAACAUCUGCUUUCCUUGAUGGUUUCAAUGAGGUGGUCCCGCUCGAGUGGCUCAAGUACUUCGACGAGCGCGAGCUGGAGCUGAUGCUGUGCGGCAUGCAGGAGGUGGACGUGGACGACUGGCAGCGGAACACCAUCUACCGGCACUACACGCGCACCAGCAAACAGGUCGUCUGGUUCUGGCAGUUUGUUCGACAAAUGGAUAACGAGAAACGCGCAAGGCUGCUCCAAUUCGUAACAGGAACGUGCCGAGUGCCGGUCGGCGGUUUUGCGGAGCUCAUGGGAUCCAAUGGACCUCAACGCUUUUGUAUAGAAAAGGUUGGAAAAGAUACUUGGUUGCCGCGAUCACACACCUGCUUCAAUAGACUCGACUUACCUCCUUACAAAAGUUAUGAGCAAUUAUGUGAAAAGCUUAAUUUCGCUAUUGAGGAAACUGAAGGCUUCGGGCAGGAAUAACAUUAUUUGUUUGCUCUUAGUAUUAGUAAAUGUAAUAUAAAUUAAAAUCACAAUAAAUUAAUUGCACCAUACCUCGAAAUGAGGCAUUUAUACCAAUGAACUUGGUGCCGUCGAAAAAAAGACCAACCAAAUACUUGUACGAAAUAUUUUGUUUUAACAAUUAUUUUAUAAUUAUGUAGAUAUCACUAGUGUAUUGUCAGUUAUAUAAGAUAUAUUUUGUUUGAACUAUAUUUAAAAGUUCUUCUAUAAAGUUCAAUAAAAUUCCAAAACAA